UUCAAUUGGUAUUAAUGGGAGAGAAUCCCAAUGAUGUCGGCUGAAACAGUAGUGUUUCUCAUCGAAAGCUGCAAUAUUCAACCAGAUUAAAUACUUCUUUACAAAUGCCGCGCCCUGUCGAAGCCAGACCCGUACGGGUAGCCAAUUGCUCCGGCUAUCAUGGGGAUCCAGCAUAUGAAAUGUACCGCCAGGCGACACUAGGCGAUGUCGACUUCAUCACCGGCGAUUAUCUUGCAGAGGUCAAUCUAGCCAACAAUGCACAAGCAUGGAGAGAAGGGAAACACCCAGGCUAUGAACCAACAGCAUGGCAUGGACUACAGCAGACAAUCGACGUAAUCGCGCAAAAGGGAAUCCGGGUUGUCAUUAACGGUGGUGCUCUAGACCCUAAAGCCCUCGCGCUGAAAGUAGAGCAACUGGUCUCUGAGAAAAACCUCAGCCUCCGCGUCGCCUACCUCUCAGGCGACGACAUGUACCCAGCCCUAGGCCCCAACAUGCCCAGCACAAAAGACGCUCUGCGCCAUCUCGACUCCGGAAACCCCUCUGCUGCUCCGUCCGGGCUCACAUAUGCCUUUCUUAAUAAUAACAGCGGCAAGCCAGCCCCCAUGGUCUCAGCCCAUGCAUACCUCGGUGCCCGAGGCAUCGUCGACGGUCUCCGGCGCGGAGCAGACAUCAUAAUCUGCGGACGCGUCGCGGACGCAAGCCCCGUAAUCGCCGCAGCGUGGUUCUGGCACGACUGGUCUGCCACGGACUAUGACCAGCUUGCCGGGUCAUUGAUUGCAGGCCAUCUGAUUGAGUGCUCGGCGUACGUGACUGGUGGGAAUUUCGCGGGCUUUGACGAUGAGGCGAAGUAUAACCUGGACAACCUGGUCGUUCCUGGGUUUCCGAUUGCGGAUAUUAAUCAGGAUGGGACUUGUGUUGUUACGAAACACCCCGGGACUGGCGGGAUGGUGAAUGUUGAUACGGUCCGGUGUCAGUUUUUGUAUGAGCUGCAGGGGACGACGUAUCUGAAUAGUGAUGUUAGUGCGCAUCUUAAGGACAUUUUGAUUGAAGAUGCGGGGGUGGAUAGGGUACGCGUAUCAGGCAUAAGAGGCUCCCCACCACCACCAACGACCAAAUGCGCCAUUUUCUACCAUGGCGGCUACGAAGCCCAGCUCCUCCUCAACGCAACGGGCUCCGCGACAGCGAAAUGGGAUCUCUUCGAGAAGCAGCUCCGCCAUUUCAUCUCGGCGGAUGCUGCAAAGGAUCUUGAGACUUUGGAAUUUCAAAGGGUUGGAGUCCCGGCCGCAAACCCACGCUCCCAGCUAGAGAGCACGACAUACCUACGUGUAUUCGCUGCAUCUCGCAACGUAGCCUCGGUGCUUGCAGUCUCCAAGGCCUUGGGAGACAUCUCAUUGAAGCAUUUCUCCGGCUUCCACACAGCCCUAGACAUGCGCACCGCCAUCCCCCGACCAUUCCUCGCCUAUUACCCAGCCGUAAUCGCCCAGUCAUCCAUCAACGAGACGAUAAACUUCAUCGACGGCCCUCAAAAAAUCAGCAGCUUCGACACUGGACAUCCACCGCAGUACUCUCCCGCUGAUAUCGUUAACGUCCGCGAAUCCUACGACCCAGAACCAGAGCCAGAACCAGAACACAAUAGCAGCAGCAAAGCAAAACCAACCCGCCUCGGCACCCUCGCCCUCGGCCGUUCAGGCGAUAAAGGCGGGAACCUGAAUGUCGGUCUUUUCCCGACAACAAAUAGCGCCGCGCACUGGUCUUGGCUGCGGAGGUACAUGACGAUAUCGCGCAUGAGGGAGCUAAUUGGGGAAGAUUGGGAUGAAAGCUAUUACAUUGAGAGGGUGGAGUUCCCGCGCAUCCGGGCGGUGCAUUUUGUGGUCUAUGGGAUUUUGGGUAGGGGGGUGAGUAGUUCGUCGAGGCUGGAUGGGUUUGGGAAGGGGUUUGUGGAUUUUAUUCGGGAUAGGGUUGUUGAGGGGCCUGUUGGGCUUGGGGGGAGUAAGAUAUAGACAUUAGUACAAGUACACCAAAAUAUAUAGUGUAGAUACUAUGGAAACUUUACAAAGUCAACCUGGG